AUUAAUUUCUAUACACAAUUUUCUAAACCUAUAUAUAUAUAUAUAUAUAUAUAAGAGAUCAUCAUAUAUAGGAGAUAUGAAUAUGUGUUUAGUAAAAGUAAUGAUGAUGAUCAUUUCAUAUAUAUAUUAUUGCUUGUUUAUGAUAACACUAGUUCAUAGCCAAAUAAUUGAUGAGUGCAUAGAAGGUAGAUGUGGUGAAAAUGAGCCAACAAUAAGAUUCCCUUUCAGACUCAAAGGAAGGCAACCACCCCAUUGUGGCUACCCUGGCUUUGAUCUCUCAUGUAAUAAUGAUUCUAACCAAACCAUUCUUCACCUCCCAAAUCUUCACUUGAAGUUACAUGUAAAAAAAAUAGACUAUCAAAGGCAAUCAAUCCUUGUUUACAAUCCCAAUUGUGUCCACAAACAAAAUUGGAAAUUCCUCAAUCUUUCAAUUUCUCCUUUCUCCUUUGGUGGGAGUUGUAUGCUAUUAAAUUGUUCUUCCAAUCAUAGUACAGAUAAGGUACUUUUGAGUUCUCCAAUCCCUUGUUUAUCCAACACAAAAUAUUCUGUUUAUGCUAUGUAUGAUAGUAAUUACCCAAGCAACAUAUGGAGGGAUGUAGUUUCAUGCAGGAGAAUGUAUCAAAAUUUACCAAUCUCAUCAGGAAUAUUCCAAUCUAAUUCAUCAUUGGGAUGGUCAAAACCAAAUUGUACACACUGUGAAGUGAAAGGAGAGAAAUGCAGAUUGAUGAAGAGGCCUCAUGAUCAUGACUUGAUGAACAAUAUUGAUCAAAUUGAAUGUUAUAAUGAUAACAACCAAACAAUAAAGAAAGGUGGUCCUUCACAAAUUCCAUUGGUGACUGCUGGUUCAUUUGUUAUCAUACUGGGGUUCCUUGCAAGUACUUUUUAUGUCUAUCAUUUUAGAAAAAACACGAGACAAAAUGGAUUAAGAAUCGAAAAGUUUUUGGAGGACUACAUAGCAUUUAAGCCAUCGAGAUAUACCUAUGCCGAUGUAAAAAAUAUUACAAGUGAGUUUAAGGAAAAGUUGGGAGAAGGAGCAUAUGGAGAAGUAUUUAAAGGGAAGCUUUCCAAUGACAUAUUUGUUGCUGUGAAGAUUCUGAACAGUGUUUCGAAUGGAAAUGGUGAGGAUUUCAUCAACGAAGUGGCGACAAUAGGUCAAAUUCACCAUGUUAAUGUGGUUCGGUUGGUUGGUUAUUGUGCUGAUGGAUUUAGAAGGGCUCUAGUAUACGAAUUCUUGCCAAAUGAUUCUCUGGACAAGUACAUAUCAGUACGAGGGCCAAUUGAUGACAUUAAUGUAUGUUCUCUUAGUUGGGAGAAAUUACUAGAUAUUGUUUUAGGCACAGCUAAGGGAAUCGAGUAUCUUCACCAAGGUUGUGAUAAGCGAAUCCUUCAUUUUGAUAUUAAGCCCCAAAACAUCUUGUUAGACCAUAAUUUUAAACCGAAGAUUGCUGAUUUCGGUCUUGCCAAGUUAUGUUCAAAGGAUCAAAGUAUAGUGUCAAUGAGUACUGCUAGAGGAACUAUAGGGUAUAUUGCACCUGAAAUAUUCUCUAGAAAUUUUGGAAAUGUCUCCUAUAAAUCAGAUGUUUACAGUUUUGGAAUGUUAUUACUUGAAAUUGUAGGAGGCAGAAGAUGUAACAAUACAGACGAAAUUUACUAUCCAGAAUGGAUUUUCAAUCUUUUAGAAGAAGGAGAAGAUCUUCGAAUCUAUAUCGAUGAAGGAGGAGAUGGUAAAAUUGCAAAAAAACUAGCAAUGGUAGGACUUCAGUGUAUUCAAUGGCAUCCUAUAGAUCGUCCAACCAUGAAAGUUGUAGUUCAAAUGUUGGAAGGAAAUGAAGAGUUAAGUAUGCCACCAAACCCGUUUUCAUCUACAAAUCAAUCCAAACAAAGUACCAAGAUGCCACAGAGAUUUAUGACAACUAUGGAACUCGAAACUAUAACUGAAUGAAAAAAGAAAAAAAGUUCUUAUUUUAAAUUUUAUUAGUUGGUUAAAUUUUCAUGUAAUUGUUGUUGUUGCAUAUAUAUUUAUUAAAACUACUAAAAAUUAUUCAUAUGAUUAUUUUUUGUGCGAAGGAAAACCCUAAGGUGUCGAAUAUAUAUCAUAAGAGGUGGCAUAUCGUUAUUUUUUCAUUCC